GGUUUUGUUGGCCUGGUACAGUGCUUGGUUUAGGCUGACUCCCUGUGGAUUCAGGCUGACAACCGAAGACACUGAAAAGAUCAUCUCAAGGGGUCUGUGUCAACAGUCACCAUGUCAGCAAGGAUGAAACCUGGAAAUUACAACCAAGAAUACCACCACAAGCAGAGCAAAUAUGUGGUUAAAGAAUACAGCAGCUCUGAGGCUAUGGAGGAAAGAUAUGAGCACAAAACACGAGUUCAAAUCGAGGAAGUGAUCAAAGCAAAGAUGGUGGAAAAGUAUGUGCGGGAGGAGCCCAUGGUCAGGGGACCGCAGUUCCUGGUCAGACUCAGAUCCCACACUGUGUUUGAAAACACUCCAAUCAAGCUCUUUUGCACUGUUGAAGGCUUCCCCAUGCCAGUUGUGAAAUGGUACAAAGAUGGUGUUAUCCUGGACUUAUCCUCAGGGAGGUACCUGGUUGAAGUGAAGGCUGGAAGCCAUUCUUUGAAGAUCCCAAGAUGUUCAACUGAUGAUACAGCCCAGUACACUGCCGUAGCUGGGAACAUCCAUGGCCAGGUCUCUACUCAGGCAUCUAUUAUUGUAAAGCGAUACAAGGAGGAGGAGGAGUCCUCUCCAUAUGCAUGGCUGCCUUUUACAGCUGGCAUGCUUCCUAAGAUCCAUUACACUAAAAUCAACAUUACUUUUGUGGAGAAGUUUGGCCCAGUGUUUGCUGUAGAAGGAGAAUCUGUUUCUUUGUCCGCCACAAUGACCCUGGACCCCAACCUGGCCAACCUGCAGCCAGAGGCACAGUGGUAUAGAGAUGACAUUCGUCUGUUUGACUCCAAAUGGGUGAAGAUUGAAACUGGUAGAGGAUUUACCAAACUGACCCUUCCAAAUCUGUACAAAGAUGAUGAAGGCCUUUACACGCUGCGCAUGGUCACUAAAGGAGGCACAGCAGAGCACAGCGCAUUCAUCUCAGUCGCAGACGGUCCUCCGCCAGUUCCUAAUGCACCUGGUGCUCCUAUGGACAUUAAGAUCCACGAUGCCAACAGAGACUAUGUCAUUGUGUCAUGGAAGCCCCCUAAUACAACUACAGAGGGUCCAAUCCUGGGAUACUUUGUGGACAAAUGUGAGGUUGGAACUGAAAAUUGGACGCAAUGCAACGAUCAUCCCAUAAAGAUCUGUAAAUACCCAGUGUGUGGGCUGUUUGAAGGACACUCCUUUUACUUCAGAGUCAGAGCUGUCAACUCUCAUGGAAUCAGCAAACCUUCCCGCAUGUCUGAUCCCAUUGCUGCGCUGGACCCUACUGAGUUUGAAAGACUCCAUGCCAAAAAGCUUGGAGGAAAACUAGAUGUUGUUUCUUACCAUGAUGAUGUUGAAGCUGAAGGAAAGCCCCCAGGAAAGCCCUCAGGAAUUUAUGCCUCUGAGAUAGACAGGACAUAUGUUGUCCUGAGCUGGAAAGCCCCGGCAUAUUUCAGCAAGGCUCCUAUGUGGUACUUCAUAGAAAAGGCCAUGGCAGACAGUAAUGCAUGGCAGCGCGUUAACACUCAGGUCCCCAUUCGUUCCCCCCGUUAUGCUGUAUUUAACCUAGCAGAGGGCAAACAACACAAGUUCAGAAUUCUUUCUGCUAAUAUUUAUGGAAUCAGUGAGCCAUCAGAGCCAUCUGGACCUAUUGAGACUCAGGAACUUAAAGGCGUACCAUCUGCUCCUGGACAGGUGAUUGCAACAAGAGAAACAGACACCUCUGUUGUCAUUCAGUGGGCUCCUCCAAAGGAACCGAACAAUCUGAUUGGUUAUUACAUUGACCAGUGUGUAAAGGGAUCCAAAAACUGGACCUCAGCCAAUCACAAACCUCACAAGGACACCAAAUUUGUGGUUAGUGGCCUGACCACUGGAGAAACCUAUGUGUUCCGUGUCCAGGCUAUCAAUGAGUUGGGUCUCAGUGAUGAAUCCCAGGAAUCUUCACCUCUGAGUGUCAGAGCUGCUCUAACACACCCCUCUGCUCCUUAUGACAUUGCACUGCUGAACUGUGAUGGCCAUUCAGUGGUUUUGAACUGGAAAAAGCCUCUUCACUCUGGAGGUGUAAAGGUCAAGGAAUAUUAUGUGGAUAAAAGACGAAGUGGAACAACUAUGUGGAGGGAAGUUCAUAUCCCACCAGUCAAUGAAAGAAUUUAUACGGUAGAAGGCUUGACUGAAGGAGCAGUCUAUCAGUUCCAUGUCUAUGCAGCCAACCUGGCUGGCCUCGGACCAGCCUCCAAACAUUCAGAAGACUUCACAUGUGAGGCUUGGUCUAUGCCAGAGCCAGGGCCUGCCUAUGACCUCACAUUCUCUGAAGUAAGAGAUAAUUCAUUGGUGGUUGAGUGGCAAAAGCCUGUAUAUGCUGGUUCUGGACCAGUCACAGGCUAUCAUGUGGAGUACGCUACAAAAGGAAGCUGUGAAUGGACUACAGCUAAUGAAACAGCGGUCAGUCACCGUUUUCUAAAGGUAACAGGUCUGGAGGCUGGUGCAAGCUAUGUGUUUAGAGUGCGUGGGGUCAAUGCUGCAGGUGUUGGUAAAGCCUCAAUGGCCUCUGAUCCUGUGAUUGCUAAGGCUGUGGCAGGUUCCCAGGAGGUUGCCUGUGUGGUGGAUGAGAAGUCAGGUGACAUUAUUCUGUCAUUUGAGUCAUGCCAAAUGAAUGAGGGCUCUCACUUCAUCUGGAAGAAAGAAUAUAAAGAGAUCACAGAUUUCUCUAGAGGAGUAGUGAUUAAGACUGAAGGCAGCACCUCUAAGCUGAUCUUUACAAACCCAGAUAAAGAAGACAUUGGAACCUUCUCCGUUUCUGUCACCAACACAGAUGGGGUGUCAUCCAGCUAUACAAUCUCAGCUGAAGAGUUAGAAAAGAUGCUGGCACUGAGCUAUGAUAUCAGACAUCCAAUCAUCCCACUGAAAUCUGAGUUGGCCUAUAAGAUUUUGGAGAGAGGCAGAAUGAGGUUCUGGCUGCAGGCUGAAGGGCUUUCCUCCAAGGUCACCUACAAAUUCUUUGCAAACAACAAGGAGCUGUCUGGAGCUGAUCCCAACAAGAUGGGUCAUGACAUCUCUACAGGUAUCAUUGAAUUUAUCAUGGACCAUUUCACAGAGGAGAAUGAGGGUACAUUUACCUGCCAGAUCACAGAUGGUGGCGGCAAAGCUCAGAGCUCAUUGGUUCUGAUUGGAGAUGCUUUCAAGGCAGCAUUGGCUGAAGCUGACUAUCAGAGGAGAGAGUACAUCAGAGUCAAAGAGGGCCCCCACUUUAGUGAGUUCCUGUCACUUCAGGUUGGAGAUGACUGUUCUGUCACCUUGGUCUGCAAGGUUGCUAACUUGAAGAAGGAAUCUGAGUUCCACUGGUACAAAGAAGACACUGAGCUUAUCCCUGAUGUUAAGCCUGACCUUGGAGCAGGAGUUUGCAAACUGCCAAUUAAACUGUUUUCAUUGAAGACAGCAGGAGUUUAUAAAGCUACCAUCAGUGAUGACAGAGGAAAAGAUAUGAGCCAAAUUGACAUCAGUGGAAAAAUCUUUGAAGAUGCCCUAAACAAGCUCAACCAACUGGCUGGAGCCAGUGCACAAGAGCUGGUGAUUAAGUGCACAGCAACAGGCAUUCAGCUACAGUGUCACUUGAAGUAUUACACCUCAGAGAUGAAUGUCACUUGGUAUCAUGGUGAGACUAAACUCUCCCACAGUGACAAGACCAUGAUUGGAGGAACCCCUGCUAUGGCAACAAUGGAGGUGAUUGAGCCAGUGGAUAAGGACAAAGGACCAUACUCCAUUGUCAUCGCCAACUCUGAAAAUUCACAUAAAAGAACCCUGGACCUCAGUGGUGAAGUAUACGAGAAGGCGUUUGCAGAGUUCCAGAAACUCAAGGCUGAGGCGUAUGCCGAGAAAAACCGUGGCAAAGUGGUUGGAGGACUGCCUGAUGUGGUCACAAUUAUGGAAAAGAAGACCCUCAGUUUAACUUGUACAGUGUGUGGAGACCCCAAACCUCAGGUGUCAUGGCUAAAGAAUGGAGCAGAAGUUGAACCUGAUGAUCAGUAUGUGGUCUCCCUGGACCAGGGCAAGUUUGCUAGUCUGACAAUCAAAGGUGUUUCCAUGGAGGAUUCUGGCAGAUAUACAAUGAUUGUCCAGAACAAAUACGGAGGCGAGUCUGUGGAUAUAGUGGUCAGUGUGUACCGUCACGGUGAGAAAAUCCCUGAAGCAAAGCCUGCUCUGACUCCUAAAACGAUCAUCCCUCCUAAACUCCCCAUUGAGAUCCCUCAGCCUAAGACCCAGCCUGUUAGCCCUGCUCCUAGCCCUGCCCCCUCUGCUUCCAGCCCUGCACCUCCAAAGGCAGCACCAGGAAGAGGGGUGAAGAGUCCCACUCCCGCUCGGAGGAAGUAAAGAGCGUGACAGCCAUAAAUUAGGAUGAGAAAUACUAACACACUGGUGCACAUACAAAUCAUAUACUGAAGCUUUAUUGGUGUUCUCUAUCUUGUUGGAAAUGGAGCUGAAACAUUUAGCAUUGAAUUAAAGAGUAAAUACAACCCUAACGAGUUAAAAUAAAUAAAUAAAAGUAAUACAUCUGCUAAAGAAAGCGAGACAUUUGGUUUUGCUGAGAGGUCAUUGUAUGAAAAAAAUGAUGAACACGUGAGAAUUGGAAAUCAGAUUAACUGAAUUAAAAUAAACUUGAACAAAGCUGGUAAAGCAACACAACUUGCUUGAAAAAGAGUGAAAUGUAUUCACAUGGGAAGUGUACGAUGCUGUGUUCAAAUAAAUAAAGAUCAAUACGUACAACAUAAUAAAAUAUGCAUAACGUAGAGUAUAUUGUUGGCUACCAUAGAGAUGUCUGCUUAGAUGCUUAAACCCAUCAAAGCUCUACACGGCUUGUAUUUUCACUGCUUUCUGCAUUUUUAUGGUGUGCAGCAUGUCAGCCUAUAUUACAUACUGGACGGAAUUUCCUAAUUGUCUCACAUGCACACACACCACCACCUCUUUGAUGAUGAGGCCAAGCCAAGUCGCUUCAUGGUCCAGUGGAGAGAGAUGGGCCCACUCUGCCUAUAUGAUCAGUGGUUUGGCUCAUCCUCAAAGUCAUUAACACAUUCACAUGUUUUGGAUAAUCUCUCUCCUGUAAUACUGAUGCACAAAUGAACGCUGGCUUAGUAUUGCAGUUCCCAUUCACUGCUACAUCCUGCAAGAUCAAUGUUCAUGCUUUGUCAUUUUUGAAAAAUACCUUUCACAAAGAGGAUGUUAAAACAGGUACAGACAGGACUAAACCAGGCUGCUCAGAGCAGUCAUAGUGCCACCUCUUCAGCACAGUCGACUGCAAAAAACAUAACAUUGUUCUCCUUCACAUCACUAUGGUGAGAUACUGAACAUGCUGAAAAUCAUCUGGCAGUGAAUCACCUAAGUAACCAGGGCUGUGAAGUUGGACUGCCACUGAAAACGGUUAUAAUUAAAUUAAUAUCAAUUCUGCUAAGACAAGAUAUUUUUAGAAAUGUAAGUGUAUUUUACCUUACAAAUAUUAAUUAUGUACCACCAUCUCGGUCUUUAUCCAAAUGCAGGCAGUGACAGGCAAUAAGUUGUGAGGUUUAAAGACUUGUGCCCGGAUGCAGGAGGUGGGGAUGGCAGAGCUGAUGAGAAGAUGGUUGAUGAGAUUUGUGGUUCAUUAAAGCUGAUGAGAAGAGCAAAUGGAAAGAAGAGAGGGAGUAGGUGGAGGGUAAAGUAAUUGUUUUUGUGUUUGCUGUUGCUAAUAAAAGAAUGAGAUUACACUUUGCUAUGCCUGUUCAUUCUGUCAAAGAGAAAGAGAGUGAGAACAAAAGACUAAAAGAAAGUGAGAGUCUGAGGUUGGUGGGGUUUUGUGUUGCUUGUG